AAAAAAUGUUCGUAAUUUAGUUCAUGGGCUGCAUAUUUUAGAUCACCCUAUAUCACCCACAGAUGUAUACCUGUUUUACGUUAAUACGAACUUCAUUUUCAAGGCCGUACAUAUAAAUGAAAACCGCGAUGAACAAGAUUGCAAUGUUGGUAAAAGGGAAACUUCCGAAUUUCAAACUUAAAUUAUCAAUGUUGCUUGUAAUCAUAGUCUUCAUUGGAUCAACACAGGGAAUGAAGUGGAGGUUUAGAGAACAACAUUCAUUUAAAGUAAGAUACAAUGAAUCAGCAGCGCUCAGGGCUAAAUACCCAGAUAAGAUCCCACUAAUUAUAAAAACGGCUCCUAAAUCGACGAUUCAGGAUAUUGACAGACACAAAUUACUGGUACCCAGACACUUAACUCUACCACAGUUUAUAUAUAUCAUCAGACAAAGAAUCUCACUGCCCCCCACGAGUCCCAUGUACUUUUUUGCAAACGACGCAGCUCUUCCAACAACAAGUUCUACAAUGGAUGUGAUAUACGAGGAAUACAAAUAUAAAGAUGGAUUCCUAUAUAUCACUUAUAGCGGAGAAGAAUAAUUUGCAAAGGAGGAACCAAUAAAUAGUCUGGCUACAAGCCCUUGUGAUCCUCUACUUCAACAAGGGUGAGAAGGUGUGUAGUCAAGUAGAGGGGGGGGGGGGGUCACAGGAUCUCGUAGCUAGACUCGAAUCAAAAGAGUUACUGAAGACCUCUUCGGGUAUGACACAGGCUAUUAUGGCAAAAAAUCGUGAAAAACUAUUCAACAACACCAAACAUUAACCACAAGAAGAUGUGGGAUAAAAUGCCACAAGAAGCUGUUUAAAAACUCAAUGCAAUGUUUCUUAUUAGCAGUGUAUAGUGGAGUCAGUUAGCAAUUCAAUUGCACAUUAUAUAAAUAAACCAUUUUUCUAUUCUAUAAAUAAACCAUUUUUGAUUAAAGCAUCAUUAAUACAAAUAUUUUUGAUAUCUUCCGAAGUGACGUUGAAAGUGGCCCCAUUUGUUAAUAGUAGACCUCAAAAAUGUGCAAGUUUACAUUGAGCACCAUGUUAAUCAAUCAAUCUUCAAAACACCCCGCUACAGAACAAUAAAGAACAACAGAGUUAUAUAGAACAAUAGAGUAGUUAAGCCCAUAUUCCUAGUACACCUAUAUUACGCGGUAAACACGAUACAAAAAUAUGUCAUAUUCCGCAACGAAUAUGGCAUAUUCACUUGCGGUGUAUGACAGAUUCACCUGCGGUAUAUGGCA